GGAAAAAAGAGAACUGGCAGUCUGCAGCCUUGGCGGCGGCAAGUGCAACGAGCUAGGGGCCGCGGGGGCGGAGCAGCAAGAGCGGCCGCCGGGGAAACUGCGGCGGCAGCGGCGGCGGCAGAAGAGAUCCGCACCCCCGGCCGGCGCGGCCCGCGAACUAACCCCGAGCAGAGCGUCCAUGGGGCGCCGCCCCCGACCGUGACCCCAGCCGGCUGCGCACGCCUGUCCUGACCUGCACUUGGGGUUUCUGCAGAGGAUCGCGUGUCCCGAAGAGGUGUUGGAGAGCACCAUGGCUGAGCAACUCCUUCCUCUGGCUUUGUAUUUGAGCAAUAUGCGGAAAGCUGUGAAGAUAAGAGAGAGAACUCCAGAAGAUAUUUUUAAACCCACCAAUGGAAUCAUUCACCAUUUUAAAGCCAUGCACCGGUACACACUGGAAAUGUUCAGAACUUGCCAGUUUUGUCCACAGUUUCGGGAGAUCAUCCACAAUGCUCUCAUCGACAGAAACAUCCAGGCCUCCCUGGAAAGCCAGAAGAAGCUCAACUGGUGUCGAGAAGUCAGGAAGCUUGUGGCGCUGAAAACAAAUGGUGACGGAAACUGCCUCAUGCACGCUGCUUCCCAGUACAUGUGGGGUGUUCAGGACACAGACUUGGUCCUGAGGAAGGCGCUCUUCAGCACCCUCAAGGAGACGGACACCCGCAACUUUAAAUUCCGCUGGCAGCUGGAGUCUCUUAAGUCUCAGGAAUUCGUGGAAACGGGGCUUUGCUACGAUACCCGGAAUUGGACUGAUGAAUGGGACAGCCUUGUCAAAAUGGCAUCCGCGGACAUACCAGUGGCCCGCAGUGGACUUCAGUAUAAUUCACUGGAAGAAAUACACAUAUUUGUCCUUUGCAACAUCCUCAGAAGGCCGAUCAUUGUCAUUUCAGACAAAAUGCUGAGAAGUUUGGAAUCGGGUUCCAAUUUCGCUCCUUUGAAGGUGGGCGGAAUUUACUUGCCUCUCCAUUGGCCUGCGCAGGAAUGCUACAGAUACCCCAUCAUUCUCGGCUACGACAGCCAACACUUUGUACCCCUGGUGACCAUGAAGGACAGUGGACCUGAAAUCCGAGCCGUUCCACUUGUUAACAGAGAGAGAGGAAGAUUCGAAGACUUACAAGUUCACUUUUUGACAGAUCCUGAAAAUGAGACGAAGGACAAGCUCCUGAAAGAGUACUUGAUGGUGAUAGAAAUCCCUGUUCAAGGCUGGGGCCGUGGCACCACCCAUUUAAUUAACGCUGCAAAGUUGGAUGAAGCUAACUUACCCAAAGAAAUAAACCUGGUAGAUGAUUACUUUGAGCUUGUCCAGCACGAGUACAAGAAGUGGCAGGAAAACAAUGAGCAGGGGCGGAGAGACACGCACCCCCAGAAUCCUUUGGAACCUUCCGUCCCCCAGCUUUCUCUCAUGGACAUCAAAUGCGAAACGCCCAACUGCCCUUUCUUCAUGUCCGUGAACACCCAGCCUUUGUGCCACGAGUGCUCGGAGAGGCGGCAAAAGAAACAAACCAAAGCCCCAAAGCCCAGCUCCAAGCCGGGCCCUGAGGCGCUGCCCCGCCUGGUGCUCGGGGCCUCCCGGGGGGAGGCCUGGAGCCCCGAGGAGCCCGCCGGGGGUCCCCACUCAGCCCCUCCGACAGCACCCAGUCUCUUCCUGUUCAGCGAGACCACGGCCAUGAAGUGCAGGAGCCCCGGCUGCCCUUUCACCCUCAACGUGCAGCACAAUGGCUUCUGCGAGCGAUGCCACAACGCCCGGCAGCUCCCCGCGGGCCACCGCUCGGACCCCGCGCAGCAUCUCGACCCCGGCAAGUGCCGAGCCUGCCUCCAGGACGUCACCAGGACGUUUAAUGGGAUCUGCAGCGCUUGCUUUAAAAGGACUACAGCCGAGCCCGCCCCGAACCUCAGCUCGAGCAGCCCCCUCUCCUGCCACCAGCGCUCCAAGUCUGACCCCUCACAGCUCGCACAGAGCCUCUCCCCGCACGCCUGCCGCAGAGCCGGGCCCGAGGCUCCCUCUGGCCGCCGCUCCCCGGCCGCACGGACUCCAGGGGACAGGACGGGGACCAGCAAGUGCAGGAAAGCGGGCUGCAUGUAUUUUGGGACUCCAGAGAACAAAGGCUUUUGCACGCUGUGUUUCAUCGAGUACAGAGAAAAUAAACAUUUUGUCCCUGCCUCAGGGAAAGCCAGCCCCACGGCCUCCAGGUUCCAGAACACUGUCCCCUGCCUGGGCAGGGAAUGCGGCGCCCUCGGAAGCAGUGUGUUUGAAGGAUACUGUCAGAAGUGUUUCAUCGAAGCUCAGAAUCAGAGAUUUCAUGAAGCGAAAAGGGCUGAAGAGCACCUGAGGGCGAGCCAGCACCGAGACUUGCCCCGAGCCACCCAGAGCACCUCCUGGCCCAAGUGCACGCGGGCCACCUGCAGGGACGUGCUGGCCUGCUGCAGCCAGGAGCUGUGCAUGGAGUGCCAGCACCUCGGCCAGCGCGUGGGCACCAGCGCCCGGCGGCCCGAGCCCGUCCCUGAGGAGCCCCCCACGCAGCGCUGCCGGGCCCCCGCCUGUGACCACUUCGGCAACGCCAAGUGCAACGGCUACUGCAACGAGUGCUUUCAGUUCAAGCAGAUGUAUGGCUAACCUGACCCAGGGGGCCAGCCCGGGCCCGGAGGGGCCUGGAGCCUUAGCCCGCACGGUGCUGUGUUCUCUGUGCCCCCGGUGCCACCCGAGGGUCCGGCCCUGCACGGCGGGCCCAGGGUGUCUCUGAGCAGGGGAGGAAAGAAGCUCUCGGUCACCGGCCUGGCAUCUGAAGCGUGUGACUGGCCGCAGGUGGUGUGGGCUUCAGCCCAGAGCUCCUCCUCCUCUCCUUCCAAGCAGGCGGCCAGGAACCUCAUGGACUCAGAACGCGUGCCAGGACUGCUGCGUCCUCUUUCGAGAAAAGGGGAAAGAUGCAGGUCAGGCGGGCUGGGAAGCUCGGAGCCAGUCCCCCUGCCCUCCAUCAGCAGUUCUCGGAGAUGGCGAGCUGAGGCCCGCAGGCCCUGUGCCGGAAGCUCGGGAAGCUCAGGGAUAACGGGCAGACGCGGAGUGCCAGUCGUUCAUGGUUUUUCCCUCCCUGCCUCGCUCCUUUCCCACGGACCCGGCAGAAGCAGAACCGUCCACAGACUGAUGCCGAGGCUGCUGGGACUGAACAAGUCCACGGUGAAAAGCACACCAGCUGCUCCUUACGAUAUGCACCUUGUAAAACUCAGAGUAUUCUCAGUGGGCACAUGUGUAACUCUUUUGGUGAUCACUGUCUUUACUUCUAAAGGUUAACUUGAACUGAGGUGAGCAUAAACCUGUAUACAUACAUAAUGGCCCCUUGUGUUAUGUAUGAGGGAAUUUUGUUUGUUACGUUGUGCUGCUGCCCCAGAAGUUUAAGUAAGAAGACUGACUGAUAAUAAUAACCUAUUUUCUGGUUGUUGUAGGGGCAAGCAUGACUCUAGACACAGCCCACGUGAACUCCACCAGCAGACUUUUGUGUCUGUGUAAUCACUUUAUUUAUUUUAUUGCAAACUUUCAGGUUAUUUAAGUGAAGCUGUUUCUUCUGGUCUGCAGAAAUUGCUAUACUGUCUUCUUGAGAUAACAUACUGGCUCUCAGUCAUGUUAUAGACACAGCAAACUCCUGACCACAGUAGGGGAGUCGACCUUUUCCACACAUUUUGGAAAGAAGAAGUCGCAUCGAAAAUAAAUUCACUAAACUCUCACGCUUCCUCGUGAAACUUUGGCCAGAGCCACUUCCCAGCCCUCCGAUGAGAAACCGUUCUCCACAGUGUAUAGAUGCUUCUGCGUAUCCUACCUCCUUAGAGAGACGAUUGGGAAGGAGCAGGGAUGAGAUUGGAGAAGGUCACGGGGAAAUAUGGAGCGUUUGGUGAUGGUUUUGUUUGCUGUGUUCAUGCUGUGUGCUGGGGUGCAGGGCAGUGACCUCGUGGCCACCUUAGCAUUGGGACAGCACAACCUUGUAACCAUGAGUACGAGGAAGUUUCUUUCUGUCCUUGGCCUGCAGUUUCUCUGUGUGUUUUGUGUUGCUUUCAUACUUGUUCUAGAAGAAAAAAGAAGGGAAACACAUUGUCCCCAGAGGUAAAGGCUGCUAUUUUUUUUUUUUCGAGGGUCUGGACUUAAGACCUGAAAAUUUUGGCAAUCUGUAACUAACUCUCCAGUCUUUACUUGUCCUACGUGAUGUGUUUUCCCCUGGAGAUACCAUAAGCCUUUUUCCUUGACAGAUCUCUUUAUAAUGUCUUUCUAAAGAUUUCAGAUAAACUUCAGUGUUUCCAUUUAGUUCUUUUGAAGUUGCUAUUUUAAUAUUUUAUAUGUAUCAACAUUUUCAUUCUUAAUGUGAAUAAAUGGAAUUAUUUAUACUUAUUAUAGAAAACAUUUGAAAUUUGCACAUUUAGUUGUCUCUGAUAGAAAACUGUUGACUCUCUAUUGGCUUUCUUCAAGUUUUCCUAAAUUUAAAUGUAACUUUUCACAGAAGUCAAGAUUAAAAAGUAAAUUAUUUAAGAACAAA